GUUCCACAACCGAUAAUAUCUUCUAAAACCUAGCCAAAACCCUAAUUCGAUCCUCGAACAAACUGCAAUCAACUAUGGCUUCUCGCUACAGAACACUCUCCAGACCCGCGGUUAACAUUCUCAAAUCCACCAUUUCAAAGCCUUCAAUCAAUCCCGGAUGCUUUGUUCAAUCCUCACGCCCAUCUCCAUCUCUUUUCACAAGGCCAUUAGCUCAAUUAGGUGCAUUCCAGUCUCUACUACCUCUCCACACAGCGGUCUCCUCUGCUCGGCUUACGUCGUGCCUUGGCACCGACACCAAAGGCUGCAGGUCGCUGUCUCAGGGUAUGCUCUGCAGUGCCAACCCUGGAGUUUGAUAUAUUUUCUAAUGUUUCUAAUUAGGUCUCUGCGUGCCACGAUAAGAGACUAAUUGUCAAAGGUGGACGAAGUGAUUUGAUCAACGAUUUGGGACUUCCCAUUUGAUAUAUGUGAUUUUCACUUUUAUCCAAGUGAAAUAAAUUCUUGACAAUUUUGUAUAACGCAUACGUUGAUGAAAAUCUUGGAUUGGUCUUAUUUUUGUUGGAUUGGUCUUA